CCAGUUUAUAUCCAAUCUAAAUCACCGUCCCCCUUGAAAUCCCGACAUCGACGAAAGAAAUCCAUCCAUUUACCGAAGAGUCCCUUAGAAAAAACCCCUGUAGAUAAUAUCCCUAAAAUUAUCAAGAAAUGCGUAUCGAAAGAAUUAAAACCAUCGAGAGCAUGUCACUUUUUGCACAAUACGGAAAAGAUUUUUACGGGAUCUGAUGACGCGAAUAUUAAUAUGGAAUUAUAUGUAUCCGAUUAUAAUGAUGAAAUAUCUGACGUAAAAACGAAUAGGUCGGAGGAUAAACUAACGCCAAUGAAACAAAAUAUCAUAAUUGUUGAAAGAUGUAUUCCCGAGUAUACUAAUCGCGCCCGUUUUUUCAAUCCUAAUUUGAAAUCAUUUUACGAGGACGAUAAGCAGGAUUAUUUGCAUUCUAAUAUAUUUUUUAACGAUGAUAUCUAUAAGCAAAAAGAUGCUAAGAUAAAUGUGAAAGAAAAUAUUGGACGAAGUUUUAAAGAAGGAUUCACAACAACGGACGAGGAAUUUAAACAGAUGCAUAACGAAGAUAUAUCGGCUCAAACAUCGUUUUUAUCUAUCGGAGAACCUACGAAUCAUAUCGAAAGAAAACGACAAAAUAUAUCAGAUUUUCCAACAAGAAAACCAUCUUAUAGCAUAUUAAAACCUAAAAUUAAAUCUGAAAGUUUGAAGUCUGAAAUAGAUCAAAUUAAUUACAUGGACAAGCAAAAAUUAAUUAAUCGUAAAACGAAAUAUUUGGAAAGCGAUGUUAACGACGUUAAUGUUAUAAAAGAAAAUCAAUUUGAAAACAUCACGUCGGAUAUUAAUUUUUCUUCUCGGCCAGGUAUAUCAUCAAGUAUUAGAAAACAAAAUUCUAAAAAGUUUCAAUAUAACGUUACUUUCUCUGACGAGGUAAAACCUAAUAAAAUAAAAAAACCAUUGUUCGAUGAUCGUACAUAUAAUUCCAUCAUUUAUGAAGAUAUUCGUGAGAAUAAUAUAAAUGUUUAUGAUAAAUCUAAUCAAGCAAUAUUUAAAGAAACCAAUAUAAAUUUGAGACCCGAUAAAGAAAUCACGAGUUCCUCUACGGUGCAACGAGAUAAAGUCCAAUUCGUAGAAAGUCAAAUUUCAAAUAAUUUUAACCAUUCUAUUCCUAAUAAUAAAACGAGAUCGAUAAAAUCACCGAAGGAAGAUAUUAAAGCUACAAUUUUAAUGCCCGAUAUAAAACAGAAGUCUAAAAUAAAUUUACAUAAAAAAUUAAAUAAUACACGAACGAUCAAAAGACCAAUAGAGAAACCAAAAGGAAUUCGUAAGAACGGUCAGAAAAAUUUACAAAACGAUAAUAAUUUAAAAAAGAUAGUAUCGAAUAUGUUCAAAAAUAAAUGUAAUAUAAUAACGCCUAAUAAUAAUAGUAACAACAACAAUAACAACAACAACAACAACAAUAAUAAUAAUGAUAAUGACGUUGAUGAUGAGAUUGUUAAUAACGAAAAAAUGAUAAAACCUGGCACAUCAAUGGGACGUAAAUCUUAUACGUUUAUUUCCUCCAAAAAAAAUAAAAAAGAACAGUUGAUAGAAAAAAUAGGUUCGAAUAAUAAAAAUUCAUGUGAAAAUUCGAAACGUAUCGUAGAUUCAUUGAACAAUGCAAAAAAAACGGAGAAUAAAUUUGCUAAUCGUUCUUUAAACAAAUCGAACGAUCUCGCUCGUGCGAAAAUAGAAGUAUCGUCGUCAAAACAACUCAAAUCACGUCUUGCUCAUUCACGAAAAAAAUUUUCUAUCGUCACGGACGUUUGGUCUAAUGUAGACUCUGUUUCUUUAAAAAAUAAUGUAUAUGACUCAAGUACGAAUAAUUUUUUAACGAAACCCAAUGUUAAUGAAAAGAUAUAUAAAAAAGUGCAAAUAAAAAAGGACGUCAAAAGGGAUGAAAAUAUUGUCGAUCAAGAAAAAAAAUAUACGAAACCACGACAAAAAUCACCGCACGCGAUCGUAUGGUCUCAAAGUGAUUCUCAACCUUUCAUUCCAUUGUCGCAAGAGACAUUGAAACAAUUAGGAAGAAUGUAUAGAAUCGGAUAACCCAAGAGGCUGUAUCGUUAUGGAAACGGACUAUUUUCUACCGAAUGAUACUGAUUUCUCAACAGAAUGCGAAUUUAUUUCUUCGAAUAAUCCAAAUCCAUGUUUAGCUAGUGGUGACGAUGAUAAAACUUUGUA